CUUAAUAAUCAUUAAUCAGCCUGAUCAAUUGUCAGCCCACAGCAUGAGCAGGCCUAUGCCUGCUAUGCCAGCUAUGGGCUGAUUAAUUUAAUUUAAUUAUUGACAACAAUCUGCAUUUUCUAAAUUAAUUAUUUAAGCCUUUUUCUAUUGUUGGUGGUCUUAUUUCUGUAUGAUUAAAAUUUAAUCAUUAUUAUCAGGUUGUCGUUAUUGUGCUGACCGCCGCUGCGAUGUCUGCGUGCUGGAAAAGAGGCACUCGCCUGUCACCAGCAUGCCUCGGCUGGUUGGUGCUCCUUCUUCUGCCGCAGCUUCAUUUGUCGACUGGAUGCCCUCCUCAGCAGUCAGCGCCCGCCAAUCUGAACGACAUGCUGGCGGAGGCGAUGCUGCACCACCGCCAGGACGACCGCAUCGUCCUGAAGGGACUGCCGCCGAGUGACAGCGUGACGGACAGCGUGGUGUCCCGGCCGCGCCUCGGGGAGGACGCGGCGUUCAAUUGCAGCGUGCCGGCCGAUGCCGACUGGCUCGACGUCUCCUGGCGGCACCAGGACUGGACCGUCUUCGAAGCCGGUGAGCCGUUUCCCUUGCCGGAAGAGGACACCACGGGACAGACGUACGCCUUCCGCCGCGUCAACCGCACCCUCUUCCUCGUCGUCCGCAACGUCACGCUGCGUUCCAGCGGCUCCGUCCUGUGCGUCCUGUACCCCUUUUCGGGCCGGCAGCGCAUUCUGCAGCGCUUCCAGCUGCUGCCUGACAUCACGCGCCGCACCGACGUCUUCGCUGGCCCCGACGCUCCCUAUCUGACCGUCACCGAGGGCGAGGCCGUCACGCUGCAGUGCAGUAUUCGGCUGCCCGUACCGGAAAAGAUUCUCUGGUAUUUGCUCGACCAUUUGAUGUGGGUGCAUCAUGGCCGCAUCGUCCAGGGUCCCGCGGAGGCGCCGUACGGCCUGCCGCAGCCCACCGGCGAAGGACCGCGUGCCGUCGAACCGUACUAUAUUAUACCGGCCAACAACAGCCCCGGAAUCCUGCUGCACUCGCGACUGUUGUUGCGGGCCGUCGCCCUAACUGAUGCAGGGUGUGUGCAGUGCUUGUUCCGGCCCCACCAGCACAUCCACGAGUGGAUCGUCAGCACGACGACGCUGCGGGUUUCUCCCAAGAAUACAACACACCAUCCGGCCGGUGCUGGAGUCACAUGCCCCCGAUAAUGCAGUGCGCUGUCCGCUGUGCUGGAGGAACCGAUGAGUCGUGUGUCCUCUUUAUAGACUUCCUUGUUUUUGCAGUGGCGGGAAGCAAUCAAUUGAUUGUUACCCUAGUUAUUGCUGCUGGUAAGUUUAACUGCAAAGUAGAUGAAAAAUAUUUCUGAUUUACUGGCACUAGGAGGUAACUAAUAAAUUCAUGAUGCAUUCGCAUUCCCGCUACGCCUCGGUUAUGCAGUGCCCACCAGA